AGGGGGUGGACCAGGUUCUUCCUGCAGAGGAAACAAGACCACACAAAGCUGGCUCUGAAGAUGGAAAGGUGCACUUUGAGAGAAGGUGCCAACAUUCACCAAUUGACUGACCUGGGUGGGAAUACACAGGAGGAGGAAAGCGGCUUCUUCUUUGCAGCUUGGCAUACUGUUGCAAAGAACUCAAAGAGAGCAAAAGAGUACUUCAAGAGGAUGGAACUAAGUGACACAGAGUUCAACGGUAAGGACCAGCUAUCUCCAUCUGAAGAAAGAGUCCGUGGAGACUCAGUACUCCCCCCUCACCUCUUACUGAAGAUCUUUCAGUAUUUAGGAAUAAGGGGCUUGUUAAGCUGUGCAGAGGUAUGCUGUGCUUGGAAAUCUGUCAUCCAGUCUGGGGUUUUGUGGAGUCAGAUCAAUUUGUCUGUGGAAAAAUACUGGAUAACAGACAGUGAAGUGCAGAAAAUUCUGCUGGGCUACCGGCCUUUUGUGACCCACCUGAACCUGCGCGGCUGCACAUCGUUAAAUUGGUCCAGCUUAAAAUAUAUCAGUGAAUGCAGAAACCUACAGGAACUCAACAUGUCAGAGUGCUUAACUAUUUCUGAUAUAAUGAUUCACAGAAUCAGUGAAGGAUGUGGAUGCCUGCUCUAUCUGAACCUGUCUUCCACACUAGUAACAAACCUCUCUUUGGAGGCAAUAUUCAGGAAUUGUCCAAACCUUCAGUACCUGAGUCUGGCGUAUUGUCGCAGAUUCACAGACGAAGGAUUCCUGUACCUGAGCACAGGCAAAGGCGCUCCGAAUCUCAUCCACCUCAACCUAUCCGAAUGCACUCAGAUGACAGUGAAUGGGUUCAGAUACAUUUCAGCAGGAUGCCCAUCUCUGAGAGAGAUUGUGAUCAAUGACAUGCCAACUCUGUCAGACUCCUGUGUUUUGGCCCUGCUUACCAGAUGUUACUCUCUCUCUUCCAUCUCACUCCUGGGCUGUUCUCAUCUUUCUGAUGUUGCUUUUAAAGCCAUUGUGGACGCCGCCAAGCUAAAGGCUUUCAUCAUAGAGGGCAACAACCAAAUAAGUGAUGUCAGCUGGAAAGUACUGUGCAGCCACUCACAAGGUCUUCUCAGACUCCACGCCGCAGACUGUCUGGGAAUGACGGAUAAUAGCCUGAGAUAUGUGGCCAGCCUCAAAAACCUAAAAUAUCUGGACAUUUCCCUUAGCAGCAGUGUGAGUGAUGCUGGAAUCAAGUACCUGACUGACAAGGCCUCAACAAAUCAACUGCAUUACCUCAGCAUCAGUCAGUGCUGCCUCAUUACAGAUGUCUCUGUCAGGAGGAUUGCUCAAAGGUAUCCUAAACUGUACCAUCUUAAUCUGAGUUACUGUGAGAGGCUGACGGAUGCGGCUGUGAAGUGGCUGAGUGGAAGCUCCAUCUGCUCUCUUGACAUAAGUGGCUGCAACAUCCAGGAUCAGGGACUCACUGGGCUUCAGGGAACCCUUCUAAAGAAGGUUGUACUUGCCGAGUGCUUAGAGAUCACAGAUAUUGGCAUUGAGGCGAUGUGCAAGAAUGCAAGAGGCUUGGAGCACAUAGACGUCUCUUACUGUGCAGCUUUGACUGAUGCCGCCAUCAGAGCCGCUUCAUUUUACUGCAGAUGUCUGCUCACUCUGAAGAUGUCAGGGUGUCCAAAGGUUACGGAUAUGGCAGUGCAGUUUCUGACCAGUGGGUCCCUGUACCUACAAGAACUCGACAUAAGUGGCUGCAUUCUCCUCACUGAUCGCUCUCUUCGACACUUAAAAAAAAUCUGUCCUCCAUUGACCUCCAUCAGAAUGAACUUCUGCAGCAGCAUCUCAUGGGCAGCUGCCUUAAAGCUGCAGACGUGCGUAUCACACUGGGAGUACAGCAAGGACAGCCCCCCAUUUGGUUUGAGCACAACGCAAACAAGUAGCAAUGAAUUCAAAGGCAGCUUAUACAUGGAAGGCUGAGGAGAUACAUUCUGCAAUGAGGUAAAAGGCUUAUACAUCUACAGAGAUCUAAAUGGCUCAAAAUCCAAUGUAAAAGAAAAACCUGACGGAUUAUUUUUUAAGCAGAGGUCUCAAACUAGUCCUCAAGGGUCACCAUCCUGUUAAUUCUUUAGAUACAUACUUAGACCAACCCACUCAAAGAGGAUGCCCAAACUGCUUCAUUAAAAGAAAACCAAGCUCCUUCAAGAGUCCUGCAAAUGACAUUUUUUACUGAUUUGGGUGUAGAAAAGGUGAGCUGCAACUAACAGCUGCAGAACAUCAGCCCUAGAGGACUGUAGUUUAUGGCCCCACGGCUUUUUUAACUUUUCACCUCUUUAAAAACUUUGUCACUGGAGCCUGCAAAGGUAGUUCAGCCAUAUUGUUGCUUUUCAGAAUGGUUUAUGGACCUAUUCACAAACUUAAUUUAUUGUCAUUCAGAGAAACUGAUUACUGAUUUAAAUAAGGAAAAACAUGUAUUAAUGCUAUUUAACAGUGUAUGGCAACAAUUAAAUCAGUAUACAAUGUACCACACACACCGAUUGAGCUUAAGUAUUAAUGCUGCAAUAAAAAGACCUUUGUUGUAUUUAUUUUAAAGUAGUUGAUUUGGUGAAAAUUUAUUUUAUUUACAGUUGUUUGAAGUUUUUUUUCCCCCUUCCUUUGCUAAAUAUAUAAACUAAUUUUUACAUCUGAGAUAAUUUCAUUACAAAAUAAUAUUUAUUUGGGCUCUUUAUAUGUCCUUGCAGGGAUUUCAACAACUGUGCAUUGGAGGCU